AUAAAACAUACAAUUAACAAAAAUAAACAAAAAUAAACAAAAAUGAACAAAAAAUAAACAAAAAUAAACAAAAAUAAACGAAAAUAAAAAAAUAAACAAAAAAAAUAAACAAAAAUAAGACGCUAAGGUUCAGCUGGUGCAAUAUGGAAGUUUAAAAUUUCCCUCUAUAUAAUUAUACGGAUGAAGUAAUGAAAAAAAUAAUUAAUACAUUUUCAUAAUAACUCUAAAUAAUCCAAAUAUAUAUCUAUUAUUGUCUACUUGCUUUUUACUCCUUAGGUGCGAAAGUUAAUAAUUAAGAACUCGUUUUUUCUUCUAUUUAAGUAUCUUUAAUAACGAUCGUAACAGUCGAUAAUAAAAAUUGGAAUUAGGCACUUCGAAAUGAUAAGAGUUCAGAUUAAGAAAAAAUAUUGUUUUAUUUUGUAAUGAAACUAGGACAUCUGUCUUUUUCAAAAGUUCGUUGUUAGUAAGUUUUCAUGAAGUGUUUUAUUUUUAUCUUCUUCUUAUAACAACGACUAUUUUCUAUUACUUUCUUAGGAGCGGCGUCACAGGGCGCAUGUGUGAAAGAUGGAAAGAAAGCAGCCUGGAAAGACUUAAAGGGAGCAGGGUCGGGGUGGAAAAAUGUUACAGUUUUACAAAAAAGAACUUUUGCUCGUUUUGAAAAGUGAAACAUCCUUCGCAAUUACUUGUUUCACGGACGCAAAAACCUGUUAGGUCAUUUUUGUUUUUGUUUUAAUAUAUGAACUUCCUGUCUAGUUCGCUUUAAGCGUACGAAAGCACAAUUAACACUUACCAAUGUAAAUACAUUGCAUUUUCUUGCUAAUCCAACCGAAAGCUGGUUGUACGGAAAUUCUUUUCCUGGCACCUAAGUAAAUGAAACGACUGCAAUAACAAUGGUAUUUUAAUUUGUGGAAAGUCUGUAGGACGGAUAAGAAGAUUUUAUAAUAUCCUAAUAUAACUAACUAGUAAUAUAACUAACUAGUUGGCCUUUUAAAAUGGCUGUCUGUCUAUCUGUUUUCUUAUCAGCUUUGUAUUAUGUUUUUCUAAAAACAAUGAAUGCUUUUUGUUUCAGCAUAGUAAAUAUUUCUAAAAAAGCAUAUCACCAAUCAAAAUGAGAAGAGCAGGAAGGAUGAUAUAAGCUAAAUAAACGUACGGUAGCUGAGUUAAUAAUUGAGAUAUCUGAUACAUGGAGAAUGAUGAGAAAAUAAUUAUUAAAUGAUGUAGUUUAUAUAAUCAAACUUAUUCUGAAAAGUGAUGAAAUGAAGAGGAAAGGACCCCGUGUUCUUAAAUUUGGUUUCACUUUUUUUGCAUACAUCAUGCUUGCGUCAACAAAAUGUUUAUUUUAUCUACCAACAGAAAGUUAUAGGUCAAUGAAUCAGAACUGGAUUAUGGGGAAUGGGACCAUAUGUGAUGUAAUUUUUAUUAAUGAUACAGAUAUAUUUGCUUAUAAAUAUUUUCAUAAUUUCAUCCAAACGAAUUUUGAUCACCUUCAAGUUUCUUUUGUAAGUCCGCUGUUAUCAAAACGCAUGGCAGAUAUUGUAAAUGGAAAGAAAAGGAGGUUUUGGAGUAUAGAUAGCAGUCACUGCCAAGUGGAUGAUUUUGUAUCAGAUGACGUCAUUGUUUGCAACCGUAAUUACGCGAAAGCUAUUAUACAACUAACGAAGCUCUUUCAUACGAAACAAGCUGCUCUAAUUUCAUCCGCAAACAUCUGCCAAAACAUUACGGCCAACGAAAUAUUAAAGUCAUUUAACAACCAUAAUGGUAGACAUGGUAUACAAAAUAUCACGCACUACGAAACACAGGAAAUCCACAAUCCUGUAAAGCUUAGGAGAAUGUUUUAUGAUUUGAAAUCUCGCGAAGUAUCCGUCGUGAUACUGCUAGUUGAUAAAGUAGCCAGUGAUUUGAUAUUUGAAAUGGCUGAAAAUUAUGGAAUGACGAGUUACGACACAGUUUGGUUAACGGUUGAAUACAGCCAUUACUUAAAACUGGGUAAAGAUAAUAUACCUUGGCAAAUAAUUGAUUUCCAUCAAUCAAAACACGCCUCGUGGCAGAGUGACAUACUGGAGGAGACCGUCGAAGCGAUUGCGUCAUUUAUUAAUGAGAACAAUGUUACAAACACGAUCAAUAAUAGCUCGACAGAAACAGCGUUAACCAGGAAAUUGAAAAGAAAUCUAUACCAAAUAAAUUGUAUUAACGAACAACACAAAAUCGAUAUAUUCGCGAGAAACAUAACAUUGAUGCCUCUUCUUACAUGGACUAAAGUAUUUUCGUGGUCAAACAACCACGAAUUAAAAAUGUAUGCUGAAGCAAGUUUAUUAGUUCGUAUGAUAAAAACUCCAUCUAAGUCGAUAAGGUUAAAAGUGGUUACUAUUAUGGAUUCACCUUUCACUAUACACGCCAAUCAUUUAUUUAAUGGUAAGACAUGUGACCACGGCGUUUUGUGUAAGAGAUCUGUCUUAGGUUUAUCGGAAUCGGAUCCAGACAAAUGGGAACCCACAUGUUGUAUCGGAUUUCUUAUGGACUUACUUACCAUUGUAUCAAAUGAUUUGCAAUUUAUUCCUGACGUUUACAUUGUUGAAGAUGGUUACUAUGGAGGCAAAGAUAAAUCCACUGGAAAAUGGAACGGUCUUGUGCAAGAUGUACUUUUAGAAAAAGCCGACAUAGCCGUGGCUGCACUUACUCCAACAGCUGAUCGUUCUGAAGUUGUCGAUUUUUGUGAGCCAUACAUGAGAGUGGAUUUAGUUGUUAUGAUUUCAACUUUGAAUAACAAAUUAGCCUUUAUAAACUGGGAAUUUCUCUCUCCAUUGUCACACGAUUUGCGGAUCUGGAUUUUAUGUACAUUUAUUAUUGGUACUGUCUUAAUAUACAUUCUUGAGAAUCAACAUUUAGUACUAAAACGAAUUACUGAUAAAAGUGUACACCCAGAUUAUCCAUGGAGAGAAGGAUUUUCGUAUUUUUCUGGACUAACAUUCCAGAGAGACUUAGGUGGAAAAAAUCCUCGUAGGCCUGGUGCACGUGUGACCGCUGUUGCGUUUGCUUUUGGUAUGGUUAUUAUCAUGACAACAUAUACAGCUGUAUUGACUGCAUCAAAGGUUUCGCAAGAAAGUAAAAAUCCUUUCUUUGGAUUCAAAGAUGACAGAAUACGCCACCCUUCAUCAGAAUUUGAGUACGCCACAGUAGCCCACACUAGCAUUGAAUCAUACUUCAAAAAUUCAGAUGAUGAAGUUCAUCAACGAAUGUACCAAUUCAUGCUACUUUACAAUGUUAACAAAACAACAGAGGGAAUCGAGUUGGUUCAGCGUGGGAACCUUAAAGCCUUCAUACACGAGUCUCCAUUACUUACUUACCACAUGAGCAAGCAAAGCGAAUGCAAUCUAAAAAUCUAUGGUGAACCAAUUCCACAAGGUGGGUAUGCAUUCAGUGUUUCAAAGAAUUCACAAUGGAAGCAUUUAAUUUCACAAUCAGUGCUUAAAUAUAAAGAAAAAGAAAUUGUUAACGAAAUCUAUAAAAAAUGGUUUCCAACUUCGUGCAGCCAGAAUGCUUCGGCUACCCUAACUUACUCUGAAGUAGAAAUCAAUUACUUUGGUGGACUAAUAUUCUUACUAGGCGUUUGCUUACUUCUCACGGUUGCACUGUUAGGUGUAGAACAUUUUUGUCAUCGUCAUCAUCGGCGUGUUAUUAACCCAAUACAAGAUAAAGUUCUUGUAUGGAGAGAGACCAAAGCAGCUGGUAGACGAAAUGCGUUGAUAGAUCCAAACGAUAUCAGUAAAUUGCAGAAAUUGCAACAAAAGCAAGCUGAAGAAGGCGGUGACUCUGAUUCGAGUAGUGAUAGUGUUAUAAGUGAAGGUGAGGAAGAACUAAUACGCAUGCGCAUGGCGUCAAUGCGUCGGGGAUCAAGAAGUGUGAACAUGUCAACAAAUCAUUCGGUUAAGUCGAGUGACGAUAGUAUGAAUAGUGUGUCUUUGUUUCGAAGCAAACAAAGUGGAUCUGUUGGAACCUUUGCGUUAAGAUCAAAAAGAACUUUACAUUCGACCGUAGAAGUGAGCGAAAACGAAUCCAGUGAAAGCAAAGAAAGUCCAUUUCGCGAGUUAGAAAGCGAUCACAAACUAAAGGAUCAUGUCAUUCGAAUCGACCAUGGCCUCUCUUCAGAUUGUGAUUCUAACUUUGAAAGAAGUGAAACGGGAGAAAAUAUUUCGAUGACGUCGACGUUGUCGAAAGAAGAUGAAAAUGUUGAGAAAACGCACUUUGAGAAUACUGAUGAUGACAACAGCAAAGUUGAAGCUUUAGCUAAUGCAGAUUCUUCUAAAUGUCGUAACAACAAUAACGAAAUCCAUAACGACAAAAAUGGCAAUAUCGACAACGAAAACGACAGCGACAAAGAUGGUAACAACAACAACGAAUACGAAAUCAACAACGACAGAAAAAGCAACGACGACAACGAAAACGAAAUCAACAAUGAAAUAGACAACGACAGAAAUAACAACAACAACGACAACGACGAUGAUGAUGACGAAAACAAAAACAGAAACACCAACGACGGCAAUAGGAACAACAACAAGGUCAAAAACGACAGUAAAAACGACAAUAAAAACGACAAAGACAAGCACGACAAUAACAAUAGCAGCGACAAAAGCAAUGACGACCACACCAAAAACGAUAACCAAGACGUUCAUAACAAAUGCAACGACAGCAAUGAUGAAAACCAAAACAACGGCUGUACUCACCAUAAGAGAAGUAACUGCAGUAUUGAUGACGACGUUAGUAACAUAAAUAGUUCUAAAAACGACGUUACGAACAUCAACGGCGAUGGCGGCGGCGUCGACGAUGCUAACAGUGUUAAUAUAACAGAAAAUAAAACAGUCCAAAACAUGGAGUCUAUAAUACCUAACCCAUUGCAGACAACAACAUUAGAAAAUAUUGACAAGAUACUAAAUAAUAACAAAGCAAAUGGAAUACUGCACGUAAAUAUGGAUGUGGGAAGCGAAGAAAUAUAAUUCAAUAAUCAACGUAACAAGAAUAGUGUAGAGAAGUGGUGGUUGGCAGUAAACUAUUUUGUGAUUAAAAAAUCUUUUCAAUCUUUGUUUAUUUAAUUCCUCAUAAAUGUUAUAUUGCUUAAAAGUUUUGAGGAUCAAAAUUUUCGACACUUGUGUGCAAAAUAGUGUUUUUAUCUAUUUCCAAGCUUUUAUGCAUUUCUUAAAAGUAUUAAUGAAAUGGUGGAAACUGUUAAACAUCGAGAAAAAAAAAAGUUUAGAAAAAUAAAUCAUAUAAGACACGAAAAUAUGUUUUUUCAGCAUAAUUGGGUACAUGAGCGUGGAUGGUAUUCAAUGCUUUGAGUUAAAUAGCUUUUGAAUAAUAAGAAAAAUACUUGGCUUUUUUAUGUGAAGUUUUUGUCCCACAAAGUUUUACUCAAAAACGAAUACGACGAAAAAGACUUUUCUCUUUUAUAUUUUGUAAAUAUUCAAGUUUGUUGUAUAUUUCACUUUACCACAAACAACAAUCCUGACACGUCCGA